ACACUCACAAUGUAUUUCCAGCAGUCCUGGAGGGACAAAAGGCUGUCUUAUUCUGGAAUACCUUUGAACCUAACUUUGGACAAUAGAGUAGCUGACCAGCUCUGGGUGCCAGACACAUACUUCCAAAAUGACAAGAAGUCAUAUGUUCAUGGGGUUACAGUGAAAAAUCGAAUGAUUCGACUACAUCCUGAUGGAACAGUCCUUUAUGGCCUACGGAUUACAACUACAGCUGCUUGCAUGAUGGAUCUACGCAGAUACCCUCUGGAUGAACAAAACUGCACACUAGAAAUUGAAAGUUAUGGAUAUACCACUGAUGAUAUUGAGUUUUACUGGAAUGGAGGGGAAUCUGCAGUAACAGGAGUUAAUAAUAUUGAGCUCCCACAGUUCUCAAUUGUUGAUUACAAGAUGGUAUCAAAAAAAGUGGAAUUUACAACAGGGGCAUAUCCUCGAUUAUCACUUAGUUUUCGGCUUAAACGAAAUAUUGGUUACUUCAUUUUGCAAACCUACAUGCCUUCCACGUUGAUCACAAUUCUAUCGUGGGUAUCUUUUUGGAUCAACUAUGAUGCCUCUGCUGCAAGAGUUGCCCUAGGAAUCACAACUGUGCUGACCAUGACCACAAUCAGCACUCAUCUCAGGGAGACACUACCAAAGAUUCCCUAUGUAAAGGCAAUAGAUAUUUACCUAAUGGGAUGCUUUGUGUUUGUAUUUCUGGCCUUGCUGGAAUAUGCCUUUGUAAACUACAUAUUCUUUGGGAAAGGCCCUCACCGUCAAAAAAAGGCAGCUGAAAAGGCUACUGAUGAGAAGGGCAAACCAGAGAUGAAUAAAGUCCAGGUUGAUGCCCAUGGAAACAUUCUUCUUACAACUCUGGAAUUAAGAAAUGAGAUCAGCGGCUCAGAAGUGUUCACGGGUAUCAGUGACCCAAGAGCCACCAUGUAUUCAUAUGACAGUGCCAGCAUCCAGUAUAGAAGACCCAUCUCAAGCAGAGAACUCUACAGCAGAAGCACUUUGGACAGGCAUAUGGUUCAUAAAAAGGGGAGCUUACGGAGAAGGGCAUCACAGCUCAGAGUCAAAAUCCCAGAUCUGACAGAUGUUAAUUCUAUAGACAAAUGGUCAAGGAUGGUCUUUCCUAUCACAUUUAUUAUUUUCAAUGUAGUUUAUUGGCUUUACUAUAUCCACUAAUGUAUGCACUGAUCAUCUCAUCCCUAGAUUUAUUUUCUUCCCUUCAUUUUGUUAACUCUCAAGGACUGCAGUAGCCAUAAUGCUACAUUUCCAAGGUAAGAUACUCAGCCAUUGAACAGUUCUUGUUUAAAAAAACAACAACAAUUUAACCAUGUUCACUUCAGAAGAGUACAGUGUCUACUCCAGCAUACUAUUAUUUGAGAUCUGUUCUUAAAGAGCAACUUUAACAAGGAAAUAAGUGCUAUUCCUUUACUAAUCCAAAAAAAAUUGUGCAUCUUCCAUGAUUUUUUCCUACUUUUUUUUAAAUCUGGAUUUUUUUUAAGUUAAAUAAAAGAUUGUCUUAUUUUCCACCACAUUCUGGUAGAAUAACACUUGUCAAACAAGGCUGUAUAGUAUCUCAAAUCGGGCACUUGACAAGUUACAGCUUUCCAGCAUAAACAGGACUCAAAGACACAUGGAAAAAUACCUGUUGUAAAGACCAUGUCUAAUUUACAUAAAGUACUAUUAGAAAGUGAGUACUUAUGCUAGCACUGGCCUUUGACAAUGUUUGCAGGAAGUACCAGUCAAGGGUACAUAAGUCCCAACUAUUAUUUUCCAUAAGGCUAGAAUUUUCAAAGGAGCAUAAGGAGCUAGGUGCCCAAAUUAGGGUUGCUGGAGCCGGGGGCCAGAGGGCCCUCUCUCCAUCACUUUUAAAAGCUAUGCACUCCCCCGUAUAGCCAGUAAAA